AUGAAAUCAAAUCCUAGUCCUCUGGAUAAUGUUCCGUCUUCUUUGGGGUCGUCUUCUGCUUCUUGUAUGAGCAAGUUUAUCUCUAAACCUAAAAUUUUUUAUGGUAAUCGCGAGGAUACCAUGAAACCCAUGACUUGGUUAAAAUCUGUUGAAAUAUUACACAAAGGAAUGGCCUUUAGUGACGAAGAAAUUAUUUUCAUUGUCUCUUCUUAUUUAGCCGGACCGGCAGCUAUUUGGUGGGGUGUUGUUGAGAAGGAUGUAUUAUCUUGGAACUCUUUUGUAUUUGAAUUCACUGGUCAAUAUGAUUCAGUUGAACAACAUGAUGCUUGGUGGGAAGAAUUAGAGAAUUGGAAGCAAUCAUCUAAUCAAGGUGUCGACGAUUUCAAGUUCCGAUUACUUGAAUUGUACGAGAUGCUCGGGGUACCUAUAGGUUCUUCGGCUAGAACGAGAUACUUUAUGCGUGCUAUCCAUAGGGAUAUCGCCCAAAAGGUUACUGAUCUGGGAAUUUCGUCGAAUAACUGGGCUGGAGUUACAGCAACUGCAAAGAGAGUCGAAUUAAUUUUCUUGAAGUAUGGUCGUCAUAAAUCAUCCUCUUUUGAAUUACCAAUGAGCACUGAAAGAAGUCGUCAAAAUAUCCAAGAAGAUUCGGAAAGUGUCAAGUCAUUUAAUUCAUUAUCAACCACCAUGAGAAACGUAUGUCAAGGAAUGAACGAUCUGCAAUUGUCUUUAGAUACUGUUAGCAAUAUUGUGGGAAGCGUCAACAAUCUCCAUCAUGUUCGUAUCAAUAAUAGACCUCAAAAUGAUAAUCUUGUCGAUAAUCGUACUUGUUACAAUUGUCGCGAAGUAGGCCAAAUUGCUACGUAUUCCAACCAACCAACAUUACCCCGUAGCGAUAGUCGUGAUUAUGCUCAAUGUGAACGAAACUCUGCUGAUAACCAGGGAAAAGGUGUGAACACCGUUGGGGUCAGUACUGUUUGUUUGGUGGAAUUGGCAGAAGAUAAUGGAGUGGAUGUCUUUGCUGUGAAAAGAAGUCGCAAUAAUGGUGAAGGCUCUGUUGAUUCGAAUGUUGGUGUUAACAAUAAUAAUAUACCGGAUGUAACUAAUUUGGAAAAUGCUUCCACUAUAGCUGUAUCUGGAAGUACCUCACAAAUAGAUGAAGUCAAUGCGCCAAUCAGCUUGAAGGAUCGGAUUGCCAACGGCAAAUCGGCACAAAAAGAUUUGAAGAAUGGUUUGAGCAUUAGAAGUGAUGAUACAGUCUACGAUUGUCCUUAUACAAGAUCUAAUCUCGAUCGUUCGUCUCCGUUGUCUGUGUUAGGUACUAUUAACGACAAUCCUAUCAAGAUGAUUGUAGAUAGUGGCAGUAGUAUAAGUGUGAUUAGCAAGUCGUUCGCUACAAAACCAGGUCUAAUUUGUACCGGUGAUCGAAUUCAUAUCCGAACCAUCAAAACUAGCAAGGAUAGAAGUAAACGAAAUGAAUGCGAAGUUACAGUUUCUGUACCUAGUAGAAUUGGUAGCAAACGUACGCCCGAACACAUGGUCAUCAAAGAAGAUAGCGUAACUACGGCUGGUGAACCCUUAGUUCUUCUUGGUAUGACUUGGCUGCAACAAUACGACAUAUCAAUACAUGCGAAGGAGAAGUUAAUUGAAAUCCCAGUAAAUAAUAGAGCUGAUUCGAUUAUGGUUCAAGGACAAAGAUUUCAGCAAUCCAGCAACGUCGAUAAUGUUGAGGUCUUUUUUGUGUGUUGGAUCCUGAUGAGUUUGAUGAAGAUGACAAUGAUGUAA